AUGAACAAAUCGUCGUCCUGCGAGGAUGCACCCGAACCGGGAUUCUUACAAUCUCAUACAGGUUUCUCCACUGUUGGUUAUCCUAGUCUGGUUGGCAAUUGGAAAGAGCGGAACUUGUUGAGCUUAGAUGGUGGUGGGAUUCGAGGAUAUUGGACCCUCCUCGUUCUGGGGAGGCUCAUGGAGGCUAUUGGCCGCGAGGAACGUAAUCAAAGUCCCGGACAGGUUCGCUACGAUAGUUUUCAUCCUGAACCAUUUCCUGAACAUGUCACGCACUGUGAACGGAGGCGCGAAGAUGAAGAGAGCUCUCCUCGCCUAGAUGCACAAAGAUUUUUGCCUUGCCAUUAUUUCGAUCUUAUUUGCGGUUCAAGUACAGGCAGCAUGGCUCAAAAAAUAUUUGGGAAGCCAAGAUUUAUAUCUCAACUUAACAUCGGAAUUGUGCGCUGGCCAAAGUACAACGCUGCUGGCGUAAGGAAGGCGUUUGAAGAAGUGACAAGGCGUCGUGGCGAGAAGCCCGCAGCAAACCAACCUGGCGAUGCAAUGCCUUUGUUUCCAACAAUACCCGGCACAUGUUCAAUGUUAGUAUACCUGAACAAGAAAUCUGUUUCAUCAUCAAUGGCACUCAUGGCCAUGUUUAGGUUUGUGCCAACCAAUCUCCGGCUUCAAAACAAAGAAACAAACGAAAAACGACUGUGUCUUAUCAGGUCGUAUGAUCAUGACAACCCCAGAUCAGGGGGUAGAUCAGCCCCGAUAACGAAUUUCGGAAAGGCCGACAAUAUGUGGAUAUGGCAGGUUGCAAGGGCAGCUACGGCUGCGCCAAUGUAUUUUACCGAGUUGGAGUACACGACCGGUUCAGAUGACCCAACAACGAAAUACUUCUAUUCAGAUGGGGGAUAUGGACCGAACAAUAAUCCCACAUCUUUGGGUAUCAAGGAGCUCGAAGCCAUGCAUGGUAAAACUGGCGUAGGAGCCAUUGUCAGUAUUGGUACCGCUAGGGCUGAUACUGAUCCCGGGAAAAAGUCCAUAAUUUACAGGAUAAAGGAAGGAUUCCACACAGCUACCGAUCCUAACCCCGUUGCAGACAUGGUGAGUGCUGAAGGAAGACCUCACUAUUGGCGACUAAACGGCAAGACUGGCAUUGACAUUGAGCUGGAUGAUUGGAAGCCCAAUGACUUCCUCACUCCACUCCAUUUAAGAGGACGGAAAACUCUAGAAAAGAUAUUGCGGCAUUUUCACAAGUGGGCAUCUGACAACGAAAACCAAAGGAUGAUUGAGAAGUGUGCACAGGAGCUUGUGGCACGUCGUAUCAUGCGAUCUCGAGAUGGUGACAAGUGGUACCGGUUUGCCAACGGGGCUUCGCAUUUCGAAUGUAGGCAUGAGGAUUGCCCAACUCGCUACCGAACUCGCGAAGAGUUUUGCGAUCAUUGGAGAAGAAUACACCAGCCCCAUGAAGAUGCCUACCGCUAUCAAGACCCCGACUUCUCUAUGUGGGUAUACCCGCCCAAGGAAAGGCUACGGUAG